UGAGCAAAACAUCUUUUUCAUUUCCAUCUUCUCUUCACAUUUCCGUUCUCUUCCAUUUCCUUUUCUCCCCGUUUAUAGUUUUGCUUCCACUCCAAAAUCUCAGGUUUAUCGGGUGGGGCGGCUUAACGAUUUUGUUCAAAUGGCGGAGGAGUUUGCGAGGGCCGUGGAGGACGGCUUAAGGCUUUCUAAGCGAAUCUACUUUGGGAAAGAUAGGGCUGUUGCGCCUCCCAAGCCGAUCACGCCCAUGGACAAGACGCCCCAGCAGAUGUAUUUGCCCACGGCCGUCAUGAUUUAUGCCGUCAUCGGUGACCCGGCUAUCGUCGAUAACCCUGACGUUCCCAGCUAUCAGCCUCACGUGCACGGCAGGUGCGAUCCUCCCGCGCUCAUUCCGCUCCAGAUGAACGGCGUUUCGCUGGAAGUUGAUUGCUUUUUGGACACGGCUUUCGUUACCGUUAGCGGCUCCUGGCGAGUGCAUUGCGUCAUGGGUAGCCGCGGCUGUGAUUGUCGUAUUGUAAUUCCUAUGGGUGAACAGGGUUCAAUUCUAGGUGUCGAGGUUGAGGUGCCCAAAAAAUCAUAUUCUACUCAAUUAAUUUCUAUGGACGACGAAAGAAAUGCAGAGAAGGGAGCCAAAGCUGAAGAUGUGUGCUUUUUAAAGCCGCAUAUCUUCACUCUUACCAUACCACAGGUUGAUGGGGGAUCAAAUCUUUCUGUUAAGGUUAAAUGGUCUCAGAAAUUAUCAUAUCAUGAUGGCCAGUUCACCUUGAAUAUUCCCUUUAGUUUCCCUGACUAUGUCACACCUGCUGGAAAGAAAAUUUCUAAAAAGGAAAAGAUACACCUAAAUGUGAAUUGUGGUCCAGAAACAGAGGUUUUGUGCAAGACAACCAGCCAUCCUCUCAAGGAGCUAAGGCGCCAAGCAGGACAGUUGGGUUUCUCAUAUGAAUCAGAAGUUCUUACAUGGUCAAGUUGUGACUUCAUCUUUACGUAUAAUAUUUCUACCAGUCAAAUGUAUGGUGGUGCGCUUUUACAAUCUCCAUCACUGUUUGACGUUGAUCGACGAGAAGCUUUCUGCUUCUAUCUUUUUCCCGGAAACCAGUCUAGAAAGGUCUUCAAGAAAACAUUGAUAUUCGUCAUAGACAUAAGUGGAAGCAUGAGGGGAAAGCCUCUUGAUGAUACCAAGAAUGCUAUUCUUUCAUCUCUGUCAAAGCUCGACUCUGAGGACCUAUUUAAUGUAAUAGCAUUCAAUGGUGAAACUUAUAUAUUCUCAUCAACACUGGUGCCAGCUACCACAGAAGCUAUUGAGAAAGUCACUGAGUGGAUUAACAUGAAUCUUAUUGCAGGCGGCAGUACAAAUAUUUUACUUCCUUUGACUCAGGCAAUGGAGAUGUUAUCUGAUACCAAAAGUUCCAUUCCUAUUAUUUUUCUCAUCACCGAUGGCGCCGUUGAAGAUGAGAGACGCAUUUGUGAUGUUAUGAAACGUCGCUUGAUGGAUAAGAGAAAAAUGUUCCCACGAAUUUAUACAUUUGGGAUAGGUUCAUUCUGUAACCAUUAUUUCCUUCGGAUGCUUGCGAUGAUUGGCCGUGGCCACCAUGAUGCUUCUUAUGAUGCAGAUUCCAUCGACGUUCGAAUAGAAGGCUUAUUUACUAGAGCUUCAUCCAUCAUUCUGGCGAAUAUUGCCUUGGAGAAUGUGGGUGAUCUUGAUGAAUUUGAGGUGUAUCCUUCUCGAAUUCCAGAUCUUUCAUCUGUAAGCCCGUUGAUAGUAUCAGGGAGGUAUCAGGGGACAUUCCCUGAUACCCUUGCAGUUUCAGGAAUCUUUGCAGAUAUAAGCAAUUUUUCUGCAGACCUGAAAGUACACCAUGCAAAGGACAUACCUCUUCACAAGGUACAAGCAAAGCAAGAGAUUGAACUACUCACAGCAGAAGCCUGGUUUGCAGAAAAUAAGGAGCUUGAGACAAAGAUUGCAAAAUUGAGCCUUCAGAAUUCUGUAAUUUCUGAGUUCACUCAUUUACUCUUGCUUGAGACUGACACGGUGAACAAAAAACAGCAGGUUCCAAAGAAAGUUGAUCCUCAAAGAGCUGAAGAUCCAAAGGCUCGGAAAAUAAUAGUGAAACGGAACCUUGGAGUUGGUUUUGGCAACUUAACGGCUACAGCUGACAAUAUUCCGCCAGGAUCUGAUGAAACUAAACCUCCAGAAGCAGCUGAGCUUAUAGUAAAGGCAGCAUCUAACUGUUGUGGGAAACUCUGCGAUUACUGCUGCUGCAUGUGCUGUAUUAAAGUAUGCUCACGGUUGAAUGACCAGUGUGCAGUUGUCCUAACGCAACUCUGCGGUUCCUUGGCAUGCCUAGGCUGCUACAGUUGUUGUGGUGCAUGCUGCCCCGGGCAGGAUGGAUGAGAACUUAUCGCGUCUUGCAAU